CACAGGUGUGCACAUGAUCACCAGCGUGUACAGAACCACAGGUGUAUACACGACGACAGAUUUGUACACGACUGCAGGUGAGUACAGAACCACAGGUGUGCGCGUAUCACAACCAGCGCUCUACAAGAUGUGACAUUACAACACAGUGUUAUGAGUUGAUGACACAGGGAAUCUUUCUUGUGUGGUGAAAUGACGAUACAAUAACUAUUUCUAGUGUUGUAAACUCAUGCAGGGGGGGACUAUAUGUAAGACCUGACCUGUCCAGUCGUGGGGACUUGCGGUGUCCAGCAGACCAGAGUUUUCCGUAUAGUAGUUCAGAGGCGACUUCAGUCUACUAACCUCAGCCCUUGGGUAUGCUGCUCGGGGAGCGGGAGCUUCACUACUCGGGUCGACCUCUCGCCUCCCUAUACCACUUCUGACAACUCGUUGGCAGAGCUGUUAUGUGUUCCACCUGAUGUUCGGGGUCAACGAAUGUACCAUGAAUGGAAUACUUCUUCAACUGAUGUUCAUGGUGGCAGCCUGCAGUUCUUUAAAGACCCCCACUCUGUACACUGCCUCCUUCCCUCAACCCACCACUGCUAACGUCGAGGAUAAACUGGAAUGUCUGUCUAAAAAUUCGCAUCAUCUUCCCUUCACUGAGAUGCCGUUUAACCUUCACAUUCAUCCACCUUCAGUGUACCAACUUGCUACUAGAAGGUACACAGGUAAAGCGUCCACUAAACCCUUCUCUAUAUCUCCGCCACUUAUCACUCACACAUCUCCAUCAUCAAGACGAUACCGUAGGAUGAUAAAACUGCCUGUACGAGACGAAGACUCCCUGGCCGUGCUGCUGAGCGCCAUCGUGAUCGAGCAGUUGAGGGAGUGCGUCCUGGUGGUGGCUGCCGACCAAGGCUUCUGGAGGUCACCAGUGAUGGACCGCAUCCUGCGACUCCCUAACCUGAGACAGGUGGUGAACGUGGUGGGUGUGCAGGACCUGCAGAAGGCGGUGUUGAAGGCACAGCAGUGUCGAGGUUACCUGCUGCUCCUGAGCGACCCAGCGCCGCUCUACACCUUGACCGACCCAGUGACAGGCGCCUGGGACUAUGACGGCAGGUACGUGGUGGCGGGCAUAUCCCGGGAACAGCUGCACGACCUCACCCUCACUAACAAGGGCAGGAAGACUGAUCACAUCGUGGGCGUGAUUCGGUCAGGGGACGCGGGGCAGUACGUGGUGGUGAUGAACCAGCUCUACCAGCGGGAGAAGAUGGCCCGGGUGUUUACGUGGACCACCUCAAGAUCCUCCACCAUCCCCGUCAACCUCUUCCCGGACAAGAUCACCAACCUGCAGGGAGCUGUUCUUAAUGUGAUCACAUUUGAGUUACCUCCUAACAUUUUAUAUCAUCGGGGGAGGAACGGCUCGGUGCUCCGCCGCUACGGUAGUGAUAUUGACGUGGUCACCGCCGUCGCCCAGGCCUUCAACUUUACUAUAAACUUCAAGGAACCUCCGCCGGGUGAACUGUGGGGGGAGGUGACGAGUAAUGGUACCUGGAACGGUUUGGUGGGGCUGCUGGGGACAGGUGAGGGGGAUAUAGGCAUCGCCAACCUCUUCAUCACAGCCCUGGGCGGCCGGAAGGAGUACCAGGAGUACACCACCUACUAUGACCAAGACGCGACGUGUUUCCUGAUCCAGAGUGAGGCACAAAUACCUCGGUGGCAGUCACUGGCCCUCCCGUACACUGCCACCACCUGGCUCGUCAUACUACUGGGCCUCGUUCUCACUGGUCCUCUCCUCUACUGUCUGACCAAACUUGCCUCUUUCAGAGGAGAGAAGAUGGCCAAUAGCUCGCUGGCGUACACCAGCCUGUACACGGCGGGGAUGCACUUCAGGUCUACUCAGCUCCAGGUGCCCACCUCCUCCAGCCUGCAGGUAUUGGUGGUGUUUCUGUGGCUGUACAUCAUCAUCCUCACUACAGGCUACAGCUCCAACCUCACAGCCUUCCUCACAGUGGACCGAACACCACCCGGCAUCAACACCAUCAAGGAACUAUACCAUUCCUCGCUCACCGUCUAUGGUCUGGGACCAUUCUUCGGCAACAAUAUGGCCCAGUCCAAGAAUGACCAUCUCAGGGACCUGUCUCGGAGGUUCGAGUCUCUCAGAGAAUUCGAGGACAUCAAAAAGCGAGUGUUGAAGGGUGAAGGCGUGAUGAUCACCUCUCGCCGCUACCUGGCCUUCUUCAGCGCCCGUAUCACCACCCCGCAGGGUGUACCUAUGGUCAGGAUCCUGCAGGAGUGUUUCCUGCCCUUCAACGUCGCACUUGGUCUACAGAGUCAUUCUCCUCUGAAGAAAAACUUUGAUCGCGUCGUCAGUUGGAUCUCACAGAGCGGCCUCAUGAGCUACUGGCACAAGCAGACACUCGUACUGUCUAAGAGGUACAAGAGAGAGGAGGAAGAGGUGAAAGCGACUCCUGAGAGUGAGGUGGCCGGUGGCGGGGGGGUGUCUCUCACUCUGGAGCACGUACAGGGAGUCUUCUUCAUCCUGGGUCUUGGCUACGUGGCGGCUCAACUUGUGUUCAUGUUGGAGAUGUUCUUGUGUUCUCGGGGAAAUACUCUCUAGUGGAGCACAUAAAAUGUUACAUGAAGCUGUAUUUAUUACAUAGAUUUUUUAGCUGAGUUAAAUAUUUUUAUUCAUGAACAUACAGAUUAAUGUUUAAGUUGAUUUAUUUAAUACGUAUUUUGACACUGUUAAAUAUACUGUAUAUUGCAUCCAAA